AUGUCUGUUCCUCAUGUUAAUGCCUUGGACUGCGAUGAAUAUAGUCUGCCCAUGGAGGGGAGCUUUGGUCCAGAGGACAGCAUAAGAAGCUGCCCCAUCCCUCCAGUUCGAGGAGCGACAUCAUCUCCUACCAAAGUGUCCUGCAGUCACCUGGGUGCCACAUCAGCACAGGGAGACAUGAGCAACGGCCUACACGACGGAGCCGAACACCUCAACCACACCUACAGCUCAAUCCCCCUCUGCUUGGAUGCAGAUGGACGAGAGGACAACGAGGAAGAGGUGGAGGAGGAAACAGACACGGAGAUGGCUGAAAAUCUUUACAGCCAAUCCUCCCACCACCAUAAGCACAAGCACCGGCUGCACCACCUCUCUCCGCACAAGCAGCUCCUCCGAGAGCUGGAGCAGACCCCAGUCUCUAGCACCAGGGACAUGGACAGAUCAGUCACAGGGUCUAUGGUUAACAGCUGGGGCUCGGCAUCGGAAGACAACAUCUCAUCAGGCAGGUCCAGCAUUGUCAGCACCUCGGAGGGUUCCUUCUUCACAGAUGGUGAUUUUAGUCAGGCAGUAGCUUCUUCACGGGAUGUUGUGGGGCUGCCCAUUUGCAGAUACCUAGAGGAAUCAGGACGGCGACAGCAGCGGGCAAGCAGCCCCAUGUCAACAGACAGCAACAUGAGUCCUGCUAUAACACAUAAAAGGCCCAGGAGGCAUAAACCAAACCAGUCUGGUCAAGAAAGCUGCCAAUCCAAAGAUCUCUUCAGUGAUGAUACUUGUAUGCCUCUUAAUUUCUCCAGUCAGAUAUCCCACUGUGACUACAAAGUGAGAGGGGCCACUCUGCCUCGGAUGGGCUCCAGGCAGGCCCGGGGCAGACGAGGCAGCGCUGGGACUCACAAGGUCAGGGAUGGUGCAUUAGAGCAAAGAGAAAGUCAAGAGACACACAAAAUUCCACAAGGAGGGAAAGGAACCAACAAAAGCCGUCAGCAUUCAGAAUCAAGGGACAUACUUCUGUACAGUCGUCCCUCUUUCCCAUCAACACAUGCUCAGAGGGAGCAAGGCUCUAACUCAUCUGGCUUUCAAUCUUGUGGAAGCUCCAGGACCAAACAGGGAGAGCAGGAUUCCUCUACAGGACAGGUGGAUGAGCUGCUGAAGAGCUAAGACACAUUGGAAGUACAAGAAGAAUAUCCUGCAGAUGGUUCAAAGGACAUUUUCAAUACGAAGAAAGACACUGCACAAUGCACAAUAUUUUCUACUUUGAAUUUUUCAUUUGCUGUUAAAAAAGUGGGCUAA